CGGUGGGUCCCUGCGGCUCGGGAUGGAGGCUGAACAUUUGUUUUGCCUUUAUGUCUUCCCAUUCCUCUGAAGAACGGAAGGCACAUUAUAAAACUCGACACUUCCCCUUGCAUUUUAUGAGAUUACAGCAAAAUGGAUAUACCAAAUCCCCCAACUUCCAAAUGUAUUACUUAUUGGAAAAGAAAAGUUAAAUCUGAAUACAUGCGACUUCGACAACUUAAACGGCUUCAGGCAAAUAUGGGUGCAAAGGCUCUGUAUGUAGCAAAUUUUGCAAAGGUUCAAGAAAAAACCCAGAUCCUCAAUGAAGAAUGGAAGAAACUUCGCGUUCAACCUGUCCAGUUGAUGAAGCCUGUGAGUGGGCAUCCUUUUCUCAAAAAGUGUACCAUAGAGAGCAUUUUCCCAGGAUUUGCAAGCCAGCAUAUGUUAAUGAGAUCUCUGAACACAGUUGCGUUGGUUCCCAUCAUGUAUUCCUGGUCCCCUCUUCAGCAGAACUUUAUGGUAGAAGAUGAGACAGUUUUGUGCAACAUUCCGUACAUGGGAGAUGAGGUGAAAGAAGAAGAUGAGACAUUCAUUGAGGAGCUGAUCAAUAACUACGAUGGGAAGGUCCACGGUGAAGAAGAGAUGAUCCCUGGAUCUGUCCUGAUUAGUGAUGCUGUUUUCCUGGAGUUGGUAGAUGCCCUGAAUCAAUACUCAGAUGAGGAAGAAGAAGGACACAAUGACACCUCAGAUGGAAAGCAAGAUGACAGCAAAGAAGAUCUGCCAGUAACAAGGAAGAGAAAACGACAUGCUAUUGAAAGCAACAAAAAGAGUUCCAAGAAACAGUUCCCAAACGACAUGAUCUUCAGCGCAAUUGCCUCAAUGUUCCCUGAGAAUGGUGUCCCAGAUGACAUGAAGGAGAGGUAUCGAGAGCUGACAGAAAUGUCAGACCCCAAUGCACUUCCCCCUCAGUGCACACCCAACAUCGAUGGCCCCAAUGCCAAGUCUGUGCAGCGGGAGCAGUCUCUGCACUCCUUCCACACACUUUUUUGCCGGCGCUGCUUUAAAUACGACUGCUUUCUUCACCCUUUUCAUGCCACCCCUAAUGUAUAUAAACGCAAGAACAAAGAAAUCAAGAUUGAACCAGAACCAUGUGGCACAGACUGCUUCCUUUUGCUGGAAGGAGCAAAGGAGUACGCCAUGCUACACAACCCUCGCUCCAAGUGCUCUGGUCGUCGCCGGCGAAGGCACCACAUGGUCAGUGCUUCCUGCUCCAACACUUCAGCCUCUGCCGUGGCUGAGACUAAAGAAGGGGACAGCGACAGGGACACAGGCAAUGACUGGGCCUCCAGUUCUUCAGAGGCUAACUCUCGCUGUCAGACCCCCACAAAACAGAAGGCGAGUCCGGCCCCACCUCAGCUCUGUGUAGUGGAAGCACCUUCAGAGCCUGUGGAAUGGACUGGGGCUGAAGAAUCUCUUUUUCGAGUCUUUCAUGGCACCUACUUCAACAACUUCUGUUCAAUAGCGAGGCUUCUGGGAACUAAGACAUGCAAGCAGGUUUUUCAGUUUGCAGUCAAAGAAUCACUUAUCCUGAAGCUGCCAACAGAUGAGCUCAUGAACCCCUCGCAGAAGAAGAAAAGAAAGCACAGGUUGUGGGCUGCACACUGCAGGAAAAUUCAGCUGAAGAAAGAUAACUCUUCCACUCAAGUGUACAACUACCAGCCCUGCGACCACCCAGACCGCCCCUGUGACAGCACCUGCCCUUGUAUCAUGACUCAGAAUUUCUGUGAGAAGUUCUGUCAGUGCAACCCAGACUGUCAGAAUCGUUUCCCUGGCUGUCGCUGUAAGACCCAGUGCAAUACCAAGCAGUGUCCUUGCUAUCUGGCUGUGCGAGAGUGCGACCCUGACCUGUGUCUCACCUGUGGGGCCUCAGAGCAUUGGGACUGCAAAGUGGUUUCCUGUAAAAACUGUAGCAUCCAGCGUGGCCUCAAGAAGCACCUGCUGCUGGCCCCCUCAGAUGUGGCCGGAUGGGGCACCUUCAUUAAGGAGUCUGUGCAGAAGAACGAGUUCAUUUCUGAAUACUGUGGUGAGCUCAUCUCUCAGGAUGAGGCAGAUCGACGAGGGAAGGUCUAUGACAAAUACAUGUCCAGCUUCCUCUUCAACCUCAACAACGAUUUUGUAGUGGAUGCUACCCGGAAAGGAAACAAAAUUCGAUUUGCAAACCAUUCAGUGAACCCCAACUGUUAUGCCAAAGUGGUCAUGGUGAACGGAGAUCAUCGGAUUGGGAUCUUUGCCAAGAGGGCAAUUCAAGCUGGCGAAGAGCUCUUCUUUGAUUACAGGUACAGCCAAGCUGAUGCCCUCAAGUACGUGGGGAUCGAGAGAGAGACUGAUGUCCUUUAGCCCUCCUUGGCCCCACACCAGCGCUUGUGGUAGCGGCACUGUCUUUGCUUUCAUGCACAUACCACUGCUGCUCGAGUUUCCUGCACUAUGUGUCUCCCACACCAAGAAACCCCACCCACUCCCUCUGUAGUGAGGCCUCAGCUGUGUCCAGUGGGGAUAAAACUGUCUCAGUGAGAGGGGAGACAGAGGCAGCUAGGGCUUGGGCUCCCAGGAGAGAGCAUUGCAGAAGUCAGAGACUGCAUAUCAAGUCUCAGAGGAAGAGAGUACAGGCUGGGGUUGGAUGACAUUAUUCUUUAGGUCUUGUCACCCAGGCUGUGGGCCUCAGGAAUCAACUUGGGCAUUUCCUAACAAGCAUUAGCCUGUAAUUCUAACUUUCCAAUACAGGGUCCUUAUGUUAUUGGACACAGCAUAUCUCUGUGGUCCUACGACCUGGAGAGGACAGGCUAAGUGAAGUUUAGUACCUAGAGCUUACGAGUGGUCUAGAUUACAGGUGAGCCUGGCAGGCAGCACAGACUGAAUUCAGAGGGGAGAUGGGUCACCUUACUACCUCUUCCCUCCCGGCAGGGUUCAAACUGAAAGAGUGGGUUCUAAGUAUAGCUAGCUAUUCAAUGCUGGGAGAAGGAAAGCCAAGUGCCAUCCUUCCAUGGACAGAGAGCAAGUACUAGCCUGAUGACAGUAGGUAAAACUGCUCAGCUUGGGGCCCAGCAGGCUUUGAGAAACCUCUGUAUAUUCGAGAUGGAAUCAUUUUCAGAUACCCAGGAACAAAUGCCAGUGCCCUGUUAGCUCCUUCCAAAGUUUAACGACUGCAGGCAGGCAUUAUGCUGCUGCUGAAGGGGGUGGGGGGUUGCCGGGCUGGGUGUGAGUGCUCUGGUUCCCUGCAUCUGUAGUUGUUUUCAGGCCUUUUAUUCCCCUUUGAGGCCAGGCCACUGUUACUUAUCUCUUUCAGGUAGAUGGGUGUGGGCCUGGACUAGAGAGGGAGGAGGUUGUUGUGAUUUACUUUCCUGUCUGUAGCACCUGCUGUUGGGAAGGAUGAGUUGACAGUAUGUGUUUGGAGGUGGGUGAGGGGCUCCCAAAUUGCACGUAUUUAGGAUGGCAUCAUGUGUGUACUGCAGAUUGGCAGAGGGUAUUCGAAGUGUCAAGAUGACUGCCUGUGCCAGUCCAUGGUGCCAUUCUCUCUGGGAUUCAUGCAGAGGAAAGCACUUUAUUCCUUUUAGAAGGUCUGUAGAUUGAGGUGGAGUUUGAGCUGAGGUCUGAGGGGUCCUUGUCCAAAUCCCAUUCCUGAGAAAGUGGGAAGGAGAGGGGUGGAAGCUUCCUCCAGCUCUGUCCCAUCUCCUGGUGGAGGCAGAAAGAGAUACCUUGACACAGAAGAAUUGAAUGAGAAUGGGGCCAGCUCUAAGAGCAGCCCUAUGUCUAUGGCUGAUGUGCUGAUCUGGCAGGAAAUAAGGUACAUUGUGUUGGGUAAAAAGGAUGUGGGCAGGUACAGACUGGCCUAGGGAGUAUUAGUAGAGGGAGCAGGCUUCUCCCUUCUCUGUGGGGAAUCAGAGCCUCUCUUUCCCAGUUGAUGCUGACCACUCCCUUCCUCCAACCCCACUGGCUGUCCCAUGAAACUUACUGGAGUCCCCUUUGCCUAGGGAACCCAGGGAUUUUUGUGGGACAUGCACACGCACACACGCACACACACACACUCUCUCUCUCUCUCUCUCUCUCCCUCUCUCCCUCUCUCCCUCUCUCCCUC